AUGCCUCUGAACAAAGGGAAGUCAUGUCGACUCUGUGGCUCCACCAAGCACACCUUGGCAACUUGCUGUUGCCGUGGUGCUCCUGAGUUUAGAAAGCUGCUGAAGGCUAACCAAUGCAAGGCCAAAUCGAAGCAGAGUAGAACGUGCCGUGGGACUGGCACUGCUGCUGCGAGGAAAAGGGGUGCCAAGCCAGCAAAAAAGGUCGCUGUGUCCUCUCGGAAACGGCAAGCCAUAGCUCGUGCCAACUACUCUGGCGACAAGAAGACUUUCGACCAAAGACAUGACAGGCAAGGCUCAGGCGGCUCUGUUUGCUCAAAGCCGGAGAAGGCCUUAGAGGAGUUGCAAUCUCUGGGCUUUGUCAAUCGGCCCGGACUGUGUAGCUCGUGUGGCGUGGGGCAACUGCUCGGACCAGUUCCUCGUCACGAUGCGGGUUCAGAAGGAUCCUUGUACUACAGAUGCUCGAAUUGGGAAUGCAAGAAGUACACCAAUUGCUUGUCCCUGCAAACCUGGCUUUGUGGACUUGGACGCUUUGGGUUGCUGACACCGGUGCGGCUUUUGGGCAUUAUUAAGGUUUAUGCGACCAGAAAAUAUCCGCGGCCGCAGAAUGCGUGGCCUUUGGCUUGUGAAAACUACAAAGUGGUGCGCUUGGUGAUGGAUCGUCUUCGCCACCUUGAAGCAGAGGCAGGUCUGCGCAUGUGCAAAGAAGAGUCAUGGAAGCUCCGUGGCUCCGUCGAAGCCGAUGUGCAUCCUCGUGAGAAGCCGAAGCAUCUCCUAUUGUACUGGCGGUGGGGAGGCCUAGUGGAGCGAGGCCAAGGAGGAAAGAUCGUGUUGGCAGAGCUUCCUCAUAAGUUGGUCAGCCCUGACGCCCGUCCACCGGUGGAAAGCAACAGUGAGAUUGAAGCUUGUGCCUUCAUGUCUCGCAUCCAUGGCUCCGCUACCGUGUUCGCCGAUGGCGCCCGGUCUUGGCGAGCUCAUGCCAAGGCCAAGCGUCUGAAGUUUUCACAAGUGAAUCACUCCAAAAUGCAAUUCACCAAACCGCGUGGUCCUCGUCGCAAAGCGGCCGGAACCCAAGUUCUUGACCGCCAAUGGAAGUCACUGAAGCAGUAUGUGCCAUGCGAAGUGGCCAACAAAAACGCUCAGAAUCAGUGUACAAGUCCAAAUCUGCUCUAUAAUGUACGCAACAAGAAUUUAACAUAUUGCUGGCUACCAAGCGGUUUUUUUUCCGCUGAUUUGCGCAUGGACUUGUAA